ACAAGGAAUUAGCUUUCAUCAUCAAGUGUCUCUCUCAAAAACUCUCCUUUGGUUUCGUUUGAUCUGGCAUGCUUCUUCUCCUCCUUCCUCAUUGCUGCUCAUUUCACAGAUUCUAAGGUUUGAGUGUUCACAUCUCUUGGCAGAGAAUAGAAGAAAAUUCAACUUCUUUUUUAAAAAAGUGAGAUCUUUUGAUAACUGUGGAUGGGUGCCCCAAAGCAGAAGUGGACACCGGAAGAAGAAGCAGCUCUUAAAGCUGGAGUUCUUAAGCAUGGCACUGGGAAGUGGCGUACCAUACUCUCCGAUCCUGAGUUUAGUUUAAUCCUUAAGUCUCGCUCAAAUGUUGAUCUUAAGGACAAGUGGAGAAACAUAAGCGUGACAGCUUUAUGGGGUUCAAGGAAGAAGGCUAAACUUGCGCUUAAAAUGACUCCGCCGGCUACUAAACAGGAUGAUAACAACACAGCUCUUAGCAUUGUGGCUUUGGCUAAUGACGAUGAACGGGCAAAACCAACUUCCCCUGGAGGUUCUUGUGCUUCAAAGAGAUCAAUUACAAGUUUGGAUAAGAUCAUCUUGGAGGCAAUUACUAACUUGAAGGAACUACGCGGUUCUGACAGAACAUCGAUCUUUCUGUAUAUAGAGGAGAAUUUCAAGACUCCACCGAAUAUGAAAAGACAUGUCGCAGUACGAUUAAAGCAUUUAUCAUCGAAUGGAACAUUAGUUAAGAUAAAGCACAAGUACAGGUUUUCUUCUAAUUUUAUCCCCGUAGGAGCAAGACUGAUGUCUCCUCAACACCUUUUGGAAGGAAACAACAAGAAAGACCCACCAAAACCCGAGGAGAACGGCGCCAAAAGCCUCACUAAGUCCCGAGUUGACGGUGAGUUAUUUAUGAUAAAAGGCAUGACAGCUCAAGAAGCUGCAGAGGCUGCAGCAAGAGCAGUUGCAGAGGCAGAAUGUGCUAUCACAGAGGCUGAAGAAGCAGCAAAAGAGGCAGAAAGAGCAGAAGCAGAAGCUGAAGCUGCUCAGAUAUUUGCAAAGGCAGCCCUGAAAGCUUUAAAGUUCAGGAUCCGUAAUCAUCCUUGGUGAAACAGAAAGAAAUAGCCAUCAUGGGGAAGUUCUGUAACAAAGUAGGCCAUAAAUAUAUAUACUUAGUGGUUUUACUGGUUUCUUAGGAGUUCCGAUCUUGAAUCAGGCGAUAUCUCAUCACCUGCAGAGUUUUUAAAAGUUUCCAAACCUUUCUGCUCUCUUUUUUUGGUUAGUAACAGUGUAAAUCCGCAGUUUGAUCAUAUGUAUGUUCUUUAUCCGAGUCUGAGAUUCUGUAUAACUGAUCUUUUAAUGUAUGUGGAUGAUCUGUUUAGCAACCUUGAAAUUGGUUUGA